GAUGAACAAUAUAUUUUGCAUUUUUGGUUUCCCUCAGGACAUAGUGUCCGAUCGUGGUCCUCAAUUUGUCUCCUUGUUUUGGAAGGAAUUUUGUGGCUUGCUGGGAUCCACAGUCAGUCUCUCAUCCGGAUUUCACCCCCAGUCGAAUGGACAGGCAGAAAGGAUCAACCAGCAAGGAUUCCGUUGUUCCCUCCGCCUUGGCCUUGGUGGGCCGCAUCAAGAGAGUUUGGCAGAGGGCCCGCAAAAACCUUCAAAGGCAGUCUGAUAUUUACAAGGUGGCGGCGGACCGUAAAAGAAUUCCUGCUCCUGCCUAUACGGUGGGCCAAAGAGUUUGGCUGUCCUCCAAGACCCUUCCCCUGAGAGUGGAGUCUAAGAAGCUUGCUCCUAGGUUCGUCGGCCCAUUUCCAAUUUCCAAAGUUAUUAAUCCUGUCUCAGUCCGUCUGAAACUACCUAGGUCCAUGCGAACCCACCCAUCCUUUCAUGUGAGCCAGAUCAAGCCUGCGAAAACCAGCCCCCUGGUCCCGCCAGCCAGCCACCCACCGCCCGCCCGAUUCAUAGAUGGAGGUCCGGUUUACACAGUCAGGAAACUGCUGGCUGCUCGACGGCGGGGUCGAGGUUGGCAGUAUCUCGUCGACUGGGAGGGGUAUGGACCUGAGGAACGCCAAUGGGUACCCUCCCGGUUCAUUUUGGAUCCCUCCCUCAUCAAAGACUUUCAUGUAGCUCACCCUGAGGUUCCUGGGCCGUCAGGAGCCGGCCAUUGA